AUGGAGGAACACCAUUGCUGCAUGUACUCAAAGAUGGCUUCCAAAUGCAGCAUCAGUCUAAUUGUAAUUAGCUUGACAAUCGUUCUGAUGGCUCGUGUACUGUAUGUUAUAUACCGGUGUGGAAAACCUUUCCCGAAAGGAGCUUCACAGUCAUUGAGUACUCUUAUUGUUCUUGGUUCUGGGGGACACACGGCAGAGAUGUUGAGCCUCCUCUCUGUUUUGCGGAAGGACAGAUUUGCACCGAGGUUUUACAUUGCUGCAGCUACGGAUAACAUGAGUCUCCAGAAAGCUCGUAGUUUUGAAGAUUCUGUAGCUGACAAGAAUGCUGGUAAGGAAGCCUCCUCACAGUUUAUGCAAAUUUACCGAAGUCGAGAAGUUGGCCAGUCUUAUGUGACUUCUGUUUGGACUACCAUUGUUGCUAUUGCUCAUGCUCUGUGGCUAAUGAUCCGGAUCAGACCACAAGUGAUUCUUUGCAAUGGUCCUGGGACUUGUAUUCCUCUGUGUGUCAUCGCUUUCUUGUUCAAGGUGCUAGGAAUUAGAUGGUCAUCUAUCUUUUACGUUGAGAGCGUUGCAAGAGUUAAGAAGCUCUCGUUAAGUGGAUUGCUGCUUUACAAGUUAAGGAUAGCUGAUCAAUUCUUUGUUCAAUGGCCUCAACUGCAAAAGAAGUAUCCUCGGGCUCACUAUGUUGGGUGCCUGAUGUAA